CCAACCCACAGUGCAUUCCUAGAUGGUUGUGGUGGGGAUCAUCUAGAAAUCCAUGUAGGUGGUGGGUCCUAGGCUGGGAUUGGGCCAAGUAAUACCUUCUGGGCUGAGAGUUGAAGUUAGGACUGCUUUUUUGACUACUGUUGACCAAGGAGCCUUUUUCUUGAUUUGGGCAUACAGCUAGAACCCACUUAGGGCCAACCAUCAUAGGGAGAAAUCUUGCUGAUUGCCAAAGUGGGCUUCCCUGGGCUGGGAGAGGGUAAGGGUGGGCCUUGCAUAAAGGUUCUGUGUUACUCUAAAUUGAUUCCUUUUUCCUGUGAACACUGUACUUUCCACAUAGGCCCAGGGUGAAAUCUCAUUCAUCAGGAGCAGAUCAGCUUUGUAUCACAGGCUCUGUAUAAGGUUUCUUCUGGGGGAGAGGGAACACUGCUACAAAUACUACGCCUCUGAAAGGCCUAAGGAGACUAAGGUGGGCCUGGGUGAACUCACCAGGGAUACUGCUCUUUUUCAGGGAAGACCUUAGAUAACUUCUCUGAUACAUGAAUAAUAAAAAAGGUCUGUUGGUCCCUGGUUUUUGAAGCCUUUGGGCGUCCAAAAUUCCAAUCCUCCUUGCAGUCCCAGGCAUAACUGAUUCUCAUGGGAGAUCAGAGCUAAAGUCAGAGAACUGGCCCUAGUGUCUCCAAACUCAAGGAUUGUCAGGUCUUGGUUGGAUAAAGCAAGGUUGGCCUGAGAUGACAUACUGGCUUGGGACCUAUGUGUCCAUCUUUCUAGAUUCUAGAAAGUGGUUCUCAACCUUCCUAAUGCCGCGACCCUUUAAUACAGUUCCUGUGGGUUCUAAUAUUUAGAACCACCUAAAAUCAAGGAUUGAGAGGGUGGAGUAAUCCUUUAGUCUGUGGGAACUAUGAACUGCCAGUGUAUGGUCCCACAUUGAUAGAGCCCAGGGGACCCCAUUGUCUUAUUCCUUUUGGACUGCAGUUUUCUUGACCGUCCCAAGGUGCAGGGAAAAAAGAGCUGAGGGGCUUGGAAACAACGCGUUGCCUUGCGUCGGGAAAGGCUCUAGGUGGCAGGAUCGCUGCUCCUCGCCCGGAUGCAACCAGGCGCUCUGGAGGUGGCGGCCAAGUACUUCCAGGAGACGCGCGAGAGAAGCUACGCUCUACGGCGGGAUUCCAUACGGCGGCUGGGCCGCUAAGCCCAGCCCCUUGGUCCCGCCCCCGAGGUUUUGUCCAAUCCAGACUAAGCAUGCAGGCUCCUCCCCUGUCUGCCUUCGUAAUUUCCUGUGCCUUCCCGGAAGUCGCGCGGUGGAGCCAAAUUUGAAGUGAGAAGAAAUGUAGGGGUGCGGCCACGAAGCUGGACUGGUUAUAGUUUCCUUGGCUACCUGGACUCUCGGAGUCCAGCCAUCAUGCCUAUCCGUGCGCUGUGUACUAUCUGCUCCGACUUCUUCGAUCACUCUCGCGACGUGGCCGCCAUACACUGCGGCCACACCUUCCACUUGCAGUGCCUAAUUCAGUGGUUUGAGACAGCACCAAGACGGACCUGUCCACAGUGCCGAAUCCAGGUUGGCAAAAGAACCAUUAUCAAUAAACUCUUCUUUGACCUUGCCCAGGAGGAGGAAAAUGUCUUGGAUGCAGAAUUCUUAAAGAAUGAACUGGACAAUAUCAGAGCCCAACUUUCCCAGAAAGAGAAGGAGAAACAAGACAGCCAGAUCAUCAUUGAUACUCUGCGAGACACACUGGAAGAACGCAAUGCCACUGUGGAAUCUCUGCAGCAGGCCUUAGGCAAGGCUGAGAUGCUGUGCUCCACACUCAAAAAGCAGAUGAAGUACUUGGAGCAGCAGCAGGAUGAGACCAAACAAGCACGGGAGGAGGCCCGCCGGCUCAGGAGCAAGAUGAAGACCAUGGAGCAGAUUGAGCUUCUACUCCAGAGCCAGCGGCCUGAAGUGGAGGAGAUGAUUCGAGACAUGGGUGUGGGACCGCCAGCAGUGGAGCAGCUGGCUGUGUACUGUGUGUCCCUUAAGAAAGAGUAUGAGAAUCUAAAGGAGGCACGGAAAGCCUCAGGGGAGCUGGCUGACAAGCUGAAGAAAGACUUGCUUUCCUCCAGAAGUAAGUUGCAGACAGUCUACUCUGAAUUAGAUCAGGUCAAGCUGGAGCUGAAGUCAGCCCAAAAGGACUUACAGAGUGCUGACAAAGAAAUCACGAGCCUGAAAAAGAAGUUAAAAAUGUUGCAGGAAACCUUGAACUUGCCACCAGUGACCAGUGAGACUGUCAACCGCCUGGUUUUAGAGAGCCCAGCCCCUAUGGAAAUGUUGAACCUGAAGCUCCGCCCACCAUCCUUUAGUGAUGAUAUUGAUCUCAACACUACCUUUGAUGUGGAUACACCCCCAGCCCGGUCCUCCAUCUCCCAGCAGCGCCACUCCAAGAAGCUCUGCCUAGAGAAGUCAUGCUCUUCCAUUCAGGACGUCCCUAAGAAGGUACCCAGAGAUUCUAAACAGGAAUCUCAACUGUCACUGGGUGGCCAGUGCUGUGUAGGAGAGCCAGAUGAGGAACUGGUUGGUGCCUUCCCUGUUUUCAUCCGGAAUGCCAUACUGGGCCAGAAACAACCCAAAAGGGCCAGAGCAGAGUCCUGUCGCAGCAAAGAUGUGGUAAGGACAGGCUUUGAUGGGCUUGGAGGCCGGACAAAAUUCAUCCAGCCUACUAACACAACCAUGAUCCGACCACUGUCUGUUAAGCCCAAGGCCAAGGCUAAGCAGAGAGUGGGGAUGAAGACAGCACACACUUUCUCCCAAACCAAGCUGGAUACCUUCCUAUGGUAGUUAGAACAGUGAGUCUGAGUAGUGGCCAGACAUACACCUCUACCUUGUAGACCAAGGACUGGCUAGGCAGGGCAUUUUUAGGAGAUAGGUACUCUACCAAAACCAGCCCCGAAGCAAGGCCAAACAAGCAGGUGAGGGUAAGAGUGAUGGCCAGAGACGGUGCUCUUACUAUCCUCACCCUGUCCCGUCCCCACAACGUCAGACCUACUACCUUUGGGGACUGACAUGACCAGCUCAUCAUUCCUAUCAGCAGGGCCUGCUCUGAUCCUGGUUCCAUGCUUCUAUUUACAGCCAUGAUCAGAUGUGGCUGGGCUUAUUCUGGUCCUGGAAACCAGGGUCAUUUGGUGACUAUCUCUAUGGACCAAAGUGCUUGAGGAUUCUCAGGUAGCCUCAGCUUGAGCUUCUGUCUGCCUCUGACUUUGCUGCUAGGUAUGGCUUGGCACAGGCAGGUUGGAGAAUAGGGGAUGGUGGUGCAGAAGGGAUUGGGGGAAGAUUUUCAUGUAAAAUAAAAUAAAUACAA